GCGGGGCUUGAUUCGUGGUCCUUCGAUGUGUUCGCACUGAAUGAGGCGAGUGAGAAUCAUGCUCUGAAAUUCGUCGCCUUUGAACUCUUGCACAAGUACAAUCUGAUCAAUAAAUUCCAAAUAAGCACAAACGCACUUGAGUCCCUACUGGUCCAGUUGGAAGUGGGCUACAGCAAAUACAGUAACCCUUACCACAAUCUUAUGCAUGCAGCAGAUGUGAUGCAAACUUGUCAUAUGAUCAUGCACUUGAACAAUUUAAGGAAUUGGUUGACAGAUUUGGACGCCUUCGCGCUGUUGUUUGCGGCCGUCAUUCACGACUAUGAACAUACAGGAACAACCAAUAAUUUCCACAUUUCGACCGCAUCCGAAUUGGCCAUCGUUUACAAUGAUCGAGGAGUACUUGAAAACCAUCACGUGAGUGCCGUGUUCAGACUGAUGCAACAAGACGAGUACAAUAUAGUGAACAACUUGGAACAAGCACAGUUCAAGGAAUUCCGUCAAAUGGUUAUCGAUAUGGUCCUAUGCACAGACAUGUCUUUGCAUUUUCAACAAAUCAAGAACAUGAAGACAAUGAUUACAAUGCCUGAAGAUGUGGAUAAAACCAAAGCGUUAUCUCUCAUAGUUCAUUGCGCUGACAUUGGACACCCGGCCAAAAAAUGGUCUUUGCAUGAACAAUGGACCAACAUGCUGUGUGAGGAAUUCUUCCGACAAGGUGAUCGAGAAAAAGAGCUCAACCUACCAAUCUCUCCACUCUGCGAUCGAAACACGGUUGUCGUACCCCAAUCCCAACUUGGUUUCAUCGACUUCAUUGUUGAACCAAGCUUCCAAGUUCUCGGUGACAUGAUUGAACGCAUUAUUACGCCUGCUACUCCUGAAGAUGAAAAGUCUAUAGAUGUUCCCACGCCUCCCGUGCCGGUGGUUCCUCGACCCUGGGAGGAAUGCUUCGAUGAGAACAAGAAAGCCUGGGCCGCGCUGACGGCCGAAGCAAAAUCCAAAUCUUGA